CAAUCACAGUGGCCUUUUACCACGUGAUCAGCCGUGUCCAAUGACAAAGCAGAUCACCACAAUUGUCAGAGGACGGAUCGGCACUGAUGAUCAGUGCCUAGCAGUGCCGCCCAGCAGUGCCACCCACCUGUGCCCAGCAGUGCCACCCACCUGUGCCGCCCAGCAGUGUCCAUCAGUGCCACCAGUCAGUGCCGCCUAUCAGUGCCCAUCAUUGUUACAUAGCAGUGCCAGCUCAUCAGUGCUGCCUAUCAGU